GAGCAUGGCCCGAGGCGCGGAAGGAGGCGGCCGGGCGAGCGGCUGGGGGAUGCGGGGCGCCCUGGCGGCCGUGGCGCUGCUCUCGGCGCUCAACGCGGCGGGCACGGUGUUCGCGCUGUGCCAGUGGCGCGGGCUGAGCGCGGCGCUGCGGGCACUGGAGGCGCAGCGGGGCAGGGAGCAGCAGGAGGACGCCGCCCUGCGCGCCUUCCUGGCCGAGCUGAGCCGCGCGCCGCGCCGGGCGCCCGCGCCACCCCCGGACCCCGCGAGCGCCGCGCGCAACAAGCGCAGCCACGGUGGCGAGCCCGCGCCGCACAUCCGCGCCGAGAGCCAGGACAUGCUGAUGAUGAUGACCUACUCCAUGGUGCCGGUCCGAGUGAUGGUGGACCUGUGCAACAGCACCAAGGGCAUCUGCCUGACAGGACCACCUGGCCCACCAGGACCACCAGGAAUUGGUGGGUCACCAGGACACAAUGGAUCAGAUGGACAACCUGGUCCCCAGGGCCCAAAAGGCGAAAAAGGAGCAAAUGGAAAAAGAGGAAAAAUGGGGCUACCGGGAGCCACAGGAAAUCCAGGGGAAAAGGGAGAAAAGGGAGACCACGGCGAACUGGGCUCACCGGGAAACGAGGGCCCUCCGGGGCAGAAGGGGGAAAAGGGAGACAAAGGAGAUGUUUCCAACGACGUGCUGCUGGCAGGUGCCAAAGGAGACCAAGGCCCACCUGGCCCACCUGGGCCCCCAGGCCCCCCAGGUCCUCCAGGGCCCCCUGGAGGCAGAAGAGCCAAAGGCCCUCGGCAGCCGAACAUGUUCAACGGCCAGUGCUCAGGUGAGACAUGUGCCAUACCAAAUGAUGAUACCUUGGUUGGGAAAGCUGAUGAGAAAGUCAAUGAGCACCGUUCCCCACAAGCAGAAUCCAUGAUCACUUCCAUUGGAAACCCAACGCAAGUAUUAAAAGUUACAGAGACAUUCGGGACUUGGAUAAGAGAAUCUGCUAACAAGAGUGAUGACCGUAUUUGGGUGACUGAACAUUUUUCAGGCAUCAUGGUGAAGGAAUUCAAAGACCAGCCCUCACUUCUGAAUGGCAGUUACACGUUCAUCCACCUCCCGUAUUAUUUCCACGGCUGUGGGCAUGCUGUUCACAACAACUCUCUCUACUACCACAAAGGGGGUUCCAACACCAUAGUGAGAUUUGAAUUUGGCAAAGAAACAUCCCAAACUCUGAAGCUUGAAAACGCCUUGUAUUUUGACCGAAAAUACCUUUUUGCAAAUUCCAAGACUUACUUUAAUCUAGCUGUAGAUGAAAAGGGCCUUUGGAUUAUCUAUGCUUCAAGUGUGGAUGGCUCGAGCAUUCUUGUAGCACAACUGGAUGAAAGGACAUUCUCUGUGGUGCAACACAUCAAUACCACGUACCCCAAAUCCAAGGCCGGCAACGCCUUCAUUGCCCGAGGAAUCCUCUAUGUCACAGACACCAAAGAUAUGAGGAUAACGUUUGCCUUUGAUUUGUUAGGAGGGAAACAGAUCAAUGCAAACUUUGAUUUAAGAACUUCCCAGUCUGUUCUUGCCAUGUUAUCAUACAACAUGAGAGAUCAGCAUUUAUAUUCAUGGGAAGAUGGCCAUUUAAUGCUUUAUCCUGUGCAGUUUUUGUCAACAUUAAAUCAGUGAUGUGUUGCAUUUUGUUCCCCUCAGUAAAUUUCAGAUGUUUUCUGGGGCCAUCCCCAUUCCAACAGAAAACUUGUCUUUAAGGGUAGCCAGGUACGUAGAACAUAAUCUCCUGAUAUAAGUGUUUAUAUGGCCAGUGAAGCCCCUUUAAAAUCCGACUGCUUAGAGAAACAGCAAUUGACUGGAAGUUGACAUGGCUGAUAGUUGGUGAUUCCUCCACAAACCAGCUGGGCAAGUUACCUCUUUCUCCUUGGGCCCUGGUUUCCCCAUUGGUAAUAUGAAAUAGUGAGCUGAGAUGAUUGGUAAGAUUUCCUCUACCUGUAGGAAAUUCUAUUGCCAUUAUCUGUUUGGUUCUGUUGUUUGGUUUUUCAGCCACAUGCUGAACAAAUUUACCUUUGAGUUGAUAAGUUUUGUUUGAGUAGUGAAUUCCUUAGUGCUGACUUAUAUUUGAUGUCUUGGAAAGAUACGUUGACCCUUUCAGGACUCUAAGAUACCACAUUACCCAUAAUUUAUUGCUUUUCUUUGCAUCUGCACACGUCACACCAGAAUGGCCAUCAUCCUCAGCUCCUGAUUGCAGCUCUGAGAUUAGCAAAAGCCAGGAACAGCUACAUGCUCAGGUUUUU